CAGACCGGAACGCCAACAUGAGGACGUGCACGCUUUUGUCCAUAACUCUACUGGGCCUGCUGCUUUGGGCCUCCUGCAUCCGGGCCGACAACGCAGACGAAAACGGCAACACACGGACAGAAACACAAGAAGAGACAUCAAAGGAGACAACAGGAGAGACUUCAGGAGAGACAGAAGAGGAGGAGGAAACCAAAGAGGCACCAAAGAAAGAGAAAACAACGGAGAUAGAGGAGGAGGAAGAUGUGAUGGUUCUCCACAUCAACAACUUUGCCAGAGCUCUCAGCGAGAAUAAGUAUAUACUGGUCGAAUUCUACGCUCCCUGGUGCGGUCACUGUAAACAGCUGGAGCCAAUCUACGCAGAGGCUGCUGGGAAGCUGAAGGAGGAGGAAUCGGCGAUGCGUUUGGCCAAAGUGGACGCCAUAGAGGAGAGGGAGUUGGCUGAAGAGUUUGACAUCGGCGGCUUCCCCUCUCUGAAACUGUUCAUGAACGGAGACCGCAAGCAGCCCAUCGACUACACUGGUAAGAGGUCAGUAAAGGCAAUAAUCCAGUGGAUGAAGCGUCGUACAGGCCCUGGUGCUCCAGUGCUCGACUCUGCAGAGUCUGCAGCUCAGUUCAUCGAUACCCAUAGCAUCGCUGUUGUCGGAUUCUUUGAUAAUCUGGAAAGUGAGGCGGCUAAGGCGUUCAAGGAAGUUGCAUUGGAUAUAACUGACACAGAGUUUGCCGUGACUGCGACUCCAGAGGUUUUCCAGAAGUAUGAAGUAAAAGCCAACUCAGUGGUCCUCUUCAAAAAGUUUGAUGACGGCAGAGCAGACUUCGCAUUGUCAGAAGAAGGGACGCUGGAGAAAAAUAAUCUGACCUCCUUCAUCAAGGAAAACAGCCUGGAGCUGAUCAUCCCAUUCAGUGAGGAGACUGCAGAUAAGAUCUUCACCUCUAGCAUCCUCCUGCACAGCCUGCUGUUCAUCAACUCCACUGUGGAGAGUCAGACAGCCCUGGUGGACGAAUCCAGGACUGUUGCCAAAGAGUUCAAGGGCAAGAUGCUGUUCAUUGUAAUCGACGUGACAAAAGCCCUGUCUCACGUGCUGACAUACUUUGGCGUGUCCGCGAGCGACGCCCCCACUGCACGCAUCAUCAACAUGGAGACAGGAAAGAAGUUCAACAUCGCCUCCCGGGAUCUCACCGCAAAUUCACUGCGACAGUUGUGCCAGGAGGUUGUGGAUGGCAAUGCCAAGCCCUACUAUCGGACAGAGGAGAUCCCGGAGGACUGGAAUACAGGACCAGUCAAAGUCCUGGUGGGGAAGAAUUUUGAGUCUGUUGCUCUGGACCCCACCAAAAACGUCUUUGUGGAGAUUUAUGCUCCAUGGUGUGGACACUGUAAGGAACUGGCUCCCAUCUGGGAACAGCUGGGCGAAAAGUACGCCGACCAUGACGACAUUAUCAUAGCCAAGAUUGAUGGCACAGCCAAUGAGGUGGAGUCUCUCGAGAUUCAAGGAUUCCCCACACUCAAAUAUUUCCCAGCCGAUGGCAAAGAGGUGGUUGACUACACCGGAAAAAGGGAUCUGGAGACCUUGUCUAAGUUCCUGGAUGACGGAGGAGUGUUGCCGAAGGAGGGAAGUAAUGAGGAGGACGAUGAGGAUGACGAGGAAAGCGAGGAAGGUGAUGAUGCUGACGACGCCGAGGACGAUAGCGAGGAGACUGAUGAGUCUGCAGAGGUACCGACCAACAUAACAUCUAAAGAUGAGCUGUGAUGUCAUUUUGGUUUCUGGCUAAUCAGAAUCAACCUAGCAUCU